UGUCAUCCGUUUUCGGAUGUCGUCUGCACGAUCGAUAAUACAAAUUGGUGUUCAGGGCUCGCGGAGGUCUAAAAUUGAUGGCCAUUCAGAUCUAAGUGUUAUAAUUACCAAAUUAUUUAUCCGGACGUGAUAAUGGAUGCUACUGGUGCUUACGGAGGCGGGAAAGCAGGAGGGGCCUUUGAUAUUCAGGCUUUCGUCCAAAGACCACCCGUAAUAGUUAGGGCGGUUUGUUGGUUGUUCAGCGUCAUAGUAAUGGGCUGCAUAUCUGCCAAAGGCUGGUACAUCGACCCGUCGGACAAGAACGAGUACUGCGCUUACAAUAAGGACACCAACGCCUGCAACUACGGUGUUGGAAUAUCCGUGAUCGCGUUCAUAGCGUCCAUCGGCUUCAUCGCUGGAGAGUAUCUGUUCGAGCAGAUGUCUUCAGUCAAGACAAGGAAGCAUUAUGUGCUGGCCGACAUGGGUUUCUCUGCUUUCUGGGCAUUCCUGUACUUCGUGGGCUUCUGCUACCUGUCCAAUGCCUGGGGCAAGACCGAGGUGGCGCCAAAAGGCACCGCAAACAACAUGCAGGGAGCCAUCGCGUUCUGCUUCUUCUCUAUCUUCGCUUGGGUGGCGUGCGCGUUCUUCGCGUUCCAGCGUUUCCGCCUCGGCGCGGAGGCGGCGUUCGCGCCGUCGUACGAGGUGCAGGGCGCGGCGGGCAGCCCGGGCGCGUUCCCCGCGUACCCCGGCGCGCCCGACCCCGCCCCUGCCCCCGUCUACAGCGACCCCCCCUUCUCCCACCAACAACCCGCUGGAAACAUCGACUACACUGCACCGACUUAUUAAACACCUUCGGUGGGCAGUCAGAAUCCGCCUUUUACUUUAACGCGGUGAGAAUCAAUAUACACCGCCCUAUUCUCCUCUAAAAGGUGAAAAUUUGUAACUCAUUUUGUUCGACGGCCUUAUGUUUGUUAUGCUGCGUUUCUAAUGACAUGUCAACAUGUGCAUUGACCUUUAUAUGUCUGUCUCUUUUCUUCUGUCACAUGUCAAAUUUAAUUUUGAAUUCUAUGUGUGAGGUAUACAAAUUAGCGACUUAAAUAUGAUAUAGCAUAUAAAGAGAUACAAAUUUUCACUCUUAUUAUUUUUUUUAUUAUAAAAAUAGAACAUUAAGACACUAUUAUUUUGUUUAUUUGACAAUGAAGUCCGUGACAAACUUUUUUUUUAAUGAAUUAUACCUAUUUCGUUAGUAAGUUUUAUUCGUGUGUGAUCAAGCUCUAGUUCUUUUAAUGUAUACUAAUUUUACUUACCAUGUCACGUCCAUUUUUUUAAAUUAUUUUUACUAUUUAUUUAUACAAUAUCUCGAUGAAUGAGAUAGAUGAUAUUAUAAUGUAUGGUCUAACAAAUUUGAUCUUAUAGUGAUUUAAAAUGUUAAACUAAAAGUUCAUUGAUUCUAAGCAGCCAAAUAUAUUUUUAUUACAUUUUAUUCCGUAUUUUACCCCUUAUCAUGAUAAUCUAGUGGUCAUUAUUAAUUUCAACUAAAUUUAUUAGACCUUAUAUUUAUAAAAAAAAAUUAUGUACUUGUGUAUGAACUUGUUACACUGACGUUGUUAACAUUCCCCAAAUAUCACUAUUAAACAUAUAAUAUAUUUCUAUAUACAUAAAAUUAUAUGUGUAAUCACGUAUUUGCUUCACAGUACCUGCCUGUAGGUGUGUAUAUUUAUCAACUUUGUGACCAUUAUUAUGUGUAAAUAGAUACUUAAUAUUCACGUUUUCCGGCUAGUGAUUCAGAAUGUGAUAUUGUUUUUUUUUUUUUAUAUCAACUAUUGUCAGAUUUUUUCAUGUCAAGUUUUCAUCAACUGACAGAUUAGCUAUACUUAAAUUUUGAUUUUUUGUCAGUUUUUUACAUUAAAUCUUCUAUGGCACACUUAAACCCCCCAUGACGAUAAAAAAACGUUCAUUUUUAUGUUAAACAUUUCAAUCGUUAGAAAUUAAAAAAAAAAACAGUAAACGUAAAUACGCCUGUUUGCUGGCUCAGUAGUAUAAAAAAUACUGUAAAACCAUAACACCUUAUUUGAUUGUCGGUAAAAAUAUAUUAUCACAUUAAUUUACCAUUUCGUGCCAUUUUCUGUUGCUUUAAGCUUUCAAUUGAAAAUUAUAUAAUUUUCUCAUAUUUAUAUAGAUAAGUAUGGUUUUAGGCAUAAGAGUAUAAUGAUAAUUUUCCUUAUUGUAACGUACCAAAUAUUAUCAAAUUGUAAGUUAUUUUUUUUAUGUAUUUUAACUAAUUCAAAUUAUUUUACACAAAAAGCUAAUCUUUCUGACGUGAACAAACAGAUAAGUCACGCCAGUGUCUUUAUUAUAUAAUAAGUUUAACAUAAAUAUAUAUAUAAUUACAGCAGGCACUUGCCGUAAGUCUGUAUUUAUGCGUGUUUUAUAUUUAAGUAACGCAUUUUAUGAUGCCUACAAUCCUUAAGCCCACUCGAUUUUUUUAACUUUCACACGCAAAGAAAAUGCGUAUUAGUAUGUCAUUAUUCGUGCUUUGCCAUGAUUUUGGUUGCGUGGGUCGCGCAUCCAAAGGUCUUUAGAUAUUAUUCAUAAUAUAUGUAGGGUAAUAUAUUUUGAAUAUCAUUAUGUUGUAUGAGAUCCAACAUAUUUGGAUCCAUAUCACACGACCCAUCCUAUAUUUUAUUAUAGUUUUAUUUUUCUCAAAAAUUACGCAGUAAUGUUACGCAAAAUAAUCUUACGAACUAAAUUGAUCUGAAGCGAUCAGUAUUAUUAUAUAAAAAAAAUACAAAGUUACUGUAUAAACUAUUAGCGCUUAUCCGAGAUCAUAGUAUUUUUUUAAAGAUGAUAUUUUAGGAAUACGCUAUAUCUUAUAGUAUAAUUUCUUGAGGCACGUCAUAAUUAUUAUAUUGCUGUAAAUUAUAUAAUGAAAGUUAAAAAUAUUAAAUAGACUCAUUUUAAAAAUCUAAAUAUUCUAAAUAAUAUGGACCUACGGCUUAAAUCUUAGUACAAAUAUUUUUCAAUGGUGUUAUAAUAAUUGUAAUGUGCCAAUGUUGAGGCUGUUCUAUCGCCUUUAUUGAUUUUGUGUAGUACACAAUAUUCAUAUUAUAUAAUAUUUUUAAUAGUCAAUAUAAACAAGCCACUAUGUUAAAAAAAAUUACAAAAAUUAUAUUCUCUAAAAUAAUACUUCUGAAACUGUGAAGUGUUUUCUCAUAGGUAAAAACCGCUUAUUCACCCAGGUGAACUAAACCUUAAUACCUGCAUGCAUUAAAAGUACUUUCAAUAUUAUAUGAUUCAAUAUUGUGUAUUAUAGUUAAAAUCUGAGGGUUUAGUGUAAGUGUGCAAUUGACUAUAAAGUCGAUUCUCAGUACGAAAUAGCUAACCAAUCACAGUGCGGCAUUGUGACGCGACAGCAACCACGCCGCAAUGUGAUUGGUUAGCUGCUUCUCACUGCGGAUCGGCUCAAUAGUGAGAUGUGAAUUGCAAACCCACAACUCUCUGUAGUAAUUUUAUCACUUCCAUAGCUUGCACUGUUAUAACUAUAGUUAGCAAUAACGUGUCGUGUGGUGUUAAUUCUCAUAUUUGUGAGAUUGUUACCGCACGUUGUGAGUGUCAUAUCAAUCUUGUGAGUCUGGUGAGAUUACGGGACGAAUUGUGAAAUAUAAGUUGCAAUUAUUUUUGACUGGCCCGUGCAAACCCAAUGCGUAUGCAGCACAAUUGUAUUAAAUGUUAGCAUGCACACUUGCUUAAAAAUAACAUACAAUCGUACAUAUGCAAUAGUAUGUGCGCUGCAUAAGCACUCGGUGUGUCUCUCGGCUUUAGGUCUCAUUGCUCCGUUGCGCUAUAUCGCGCUGCGCUCCGUCGACGCAUCAACGCAAGUGUCUACUCUCGACGCAACCAGAACGGCGACGCCCUGCGAUGACGCACCGGUGGAUAACGGUGCAAUCGGGUGACUCGACAAUUAUGUAUGCACUUCAUAUGUGCAAUAUGUGAGUAAGGGAUAUUAUUUUACAAUUCGUCUUAUCGUGUCUUUAUGUUGGCUUAUUCUGUUUUCAAUUUUAAUAUAAAUUCUUUAAACAUUACUUUGAACCCGGCGAAAUGUAUUAUUAUAAACGAGAGAAGAAAUAUAAAUAUGUUCUUUUUCGUAAAUUAUUCAUCUGAUUGUAAAAUAAUAUAAAACUUCAUUUAUGAUAUAAAUGAUUCCCAAGUGCAAUAACUAUCCCAAUAAUGUAUUUAUUAUUAUCACUCCCUUAAAAUAUUUUUAGAUAUACAACCAUUACUUAUGUAUAAAAUUAUUUAAUUAUAAAGGUAAAUAUUACGCGAAUUGCAAAAUUAUGCUGUUGUGUGCUUAUUCGUGCACUCUCGCGGAUGCCCUUGAAUUGAUCUACUCGAUUGCUAGCUGUUGUAUGAACUAAUAUAAUUUAAUCUUCUGUACACUAAUUGUAAUGUAGCAAAUACAAAUAUACUUAGAUGUAGAUAUGUAACGCGUAUGUUGGUUAGAAAUUUGUUCCAAAGAUAAUAAAAAAACUAUUAAAUAAUAAAAAAAAAUAUUGUAAUAAGUGUUGAAUAUUAACGCUGUUCGGUGUUUGACAUAACUAAUGUUAAGUGUAUAAAGGUUGGUACCGGCUCGCUAUAGUCGUAUUCAGUGUACUUAGAUCUCUACAAGUGACAGGUGGUUGAUUUAUAUAUGUUUAACUAAGAGGCUUGCAGUAUUUUUUUAAAUAAUAUUGGCAAAUGGAACUAUUUGACCGACGUCGACCGUCCGACAGAAAGGGACGCACGUAUUUAUUAGAAAAGGAAGGCGGUUCUGCUUCUCUUUCUUUUGUUUACAUGCAUCCCUUUCUGUCAGUCGGCGUCUGUCAAGACUUGUCUGAUACGAGUAUGAAUAUCUUUUGGAAUGACAGAAAUGUUGUAAUUCAUAUCAAUUUUCUGCAAACUCAUUACUGAACUUGUAUUGGUUCUUUUUUUCAGAUUCUUUAUUCAAAUUAAGAAGUUUUACAUACAUCAUACAUCAUCUGUUUUAUAUUAUACUGGUUCUUGCCAUUAUCAAUAUUUGGGCCAAUAGUUGGAAUUCCUAAAUUAAUAUCAGUAAUGAGUAACAUUUGUCAAUAUUAAAUCAACUCCUUGAUAAUAGUAUUAUUUUAAUAUUAUGUAUAACUAAAAAACCAAACGGCAAAACAAAAUGUGUGCACGCCUUAAAUAAUUGUUACUUGUGAGUCAAUUUUUAUUCCUAUCAGUAUUAUUUUUUCAUCGAGAGCGUGAUAUAGUAAAUCGACCCAUUCGUCCUGGUGUUUCUAAAUGGCCGACAUCCUCUAAUUUAAAAAAGUACAAAGUUCUCAAAGAUCAUCUAACAAAAAAAAAAUCCAUAACAAAAAUUCCCAAACCCCGUUUUAUGUAUAAUAUUUAGGUACCUACUUAGAAAAGGUUAAAAUGUCGAAAUGUCUUGCUUAUAUGAUUAAAAUUUCGAAAAUAAUAUUAUUUAGUUUAAAAGUAAAAUCUUUGCACAUUACAUUUAAAUUACCGCUAAUUUAACUACGCAAUAAUUUGCAAAUAAUAUUGAUUUUUAAAAUGUGCAUGUGUUCAAUAAAAGUACUUACAUUAAUUAGUAGGUAGUACAUACAUAUUCGGUACAGUUGUGUAAACGCAUGUUAUCAUCAGACACAGCGACCUAAUUCGUAUUGAUAAGAGAGAUUAAUAUCACACGUCCAACAAAGUAAUAGAUUUGCCAUCCUACACUACAUUUACAUAGCUGGGUGAUGAUUCUGCUAACAGGUCAUAAUUUAGUUAGUAGUUCUAGUUACAGUUCAUGUAACUAAGAACUAGAGAUAAAACCACUGAGAAACUAUUGUGUGUACGCUUAUUUUGUCGUUCCGAAAUUCCCACGGGAGCGAAGCCCCGCAACUAUUACAGUAUAAUUAAAUAAACACGUAUCAUGUUUGUAUACCAAAGAUCGCACAAAAUGAGUAACGAUUGUAUUUGGCGUGCACCGCUAUCCUCUGUUGAGUGUUCAGUGAUGUGCAAAUGAGUUAUGGUAAAUUAAAUAAAUCGAAUAAUAGAUAAAA